AUGUACGCACGCAAGGUGCACAUGAGCAAGGAGGAAGAGCGCAUGAACGAGAUGAAGAUGGCCAUGUGCAUGAGCACCGCCCAUGACGUCAGGACCCCCCUGGCCUCGCUGGGGAUCGUGAUAUCGUCCCUACGGUCGAAUGCCGACUUCGACGAGAACUGCACUAAGCUCUUGGACGAGGCCAUCGUCAACGUUGAGGUCCUCAAUCUCGUGGCGACGCAGUUCAUGGAUAUCGGCAUGAUGGGGUCGGGAGUCAAGAUCAAGGGGACGAUCGACGUGCUGAAUGUUUCCACCAUGAUGAACAGGAUCGAGAAUGUGUGCAACAGGUUGGUGAACGAGAACGUCGAGGCCCGCUGCCAGGCCCAGGCGUGCGUCCCCGCCUCCCUGCUGACGGACGGGUUGCUGACGGACGUGGAGUGGGUGUGGCAGAUCCUCAUGAACCUUGUCACCAACGCCGCCAAGUACACGCACAGGGGCCGCAUCAACGUGAUCGUCGGCUACCGGGACGGCCGCCUUUCGCUCCGCGUGGAGGACACCGGGAUCGGGAUAGACGACUCCAAGAAGGGGGCCGUGUUCGGCAUGUACGUGACCCACCAGACGUACGGGCACGCCUCGCAUGGCAUCGGGCUUUACUCGGUCAAGACCAAGGUCGACGCGCUGGGGGGCUCGUGCAGGGUCUUCGACAAUCCCGGCGGGGGUACUAUCUUCGAGGUUCUGAUCCCGGCGAAAGUGGACAAGGACAUCGAUAUCGACAGCCCCAGCGGCAGCGGCCGGAGCGUUUCGCUCCGGGAGAGCGGCGACACCACCCGGGGGACAUGCCUGAUCGUGGACGACACGGCCUCCAUCCGGAAGAUGAUGCGCCACUUCCUCAAGCAGCACGACGUCGACCUCGCGUGUAACGGUGUGGAGGGCCUAGAGAGACUCAAGAACAAGGAGUACGACAUCGUGCUCAUGGACAUCUCGAUGCCUGUCAUGGACGGGAGGGAGUGCUUGGCGAGGUUUAGGAAGUGGGAAGCGGUGAACAGACCGAACCGCCAGCGGAUAUACGCAAUGUCGGCCAACGUCGUCGAAGUCGACACCGGCUUCGACGGGUCUCUGCCCAAGCCCAUGGAUGGCAAGAGACUCCGAGGGCUCCUCCAAAAACGGGAAUCGCUAAAGGGGCUUCAAGUUGAUCUUGAUGCCCGCAAGAGCGCCACGCCUUCCUUGCACUAAGCAGAGAGCGCUGCGGAGCCCGAAAAGAAGAAUUCGGCAAGGUCUGCCUAUUCAUGCUGCAGCCUUUCUCCCGGAAUGGGGGAUUUUGACCACACGUAGCCGUGAAACCAGGCACAAGCUUUGUGUUUGAUCAAAGGAGUAAUCCAUGCGCUCUUCCGCUGAUUUUUUUCGAGAGUAGAUAUGCACCAACACAACACGCAGGUGGAAGUAUAGUUUUGCACGCACGCACCCCGCAAGUAGAUCAACGAUUUCGUGUGAACUAGUCUACUGUAGUACCAUUCGAAACAGCAACCGCGGUUGCCGACACCUACCACAGCUUCACUUGAGGGCUGUGGUAAAACGGCGUGGUACAUUGCAGAAGAUCGACGAAAACGAGUUGUGCGCAUUAUGACGGUAACUAGGAGNACUGAGCUAAGAAACUGCCGCAUUAACUUGACUUAGAUCUUUUCAUGGUUAGACUAAUUGUUGACGAUGUCUUCGAGUGUGGCCUUGCUUCCUUUGCUGGAGAUUUCGGGGUAGGUUAUUGCCAGUCCCCGUCUUGGCUACAACUGCAUCCGCAAAAGCCGUCUAGGCAGCAUCGGACAAACUCGCCAGGUCUUCUGAGGUUGCCAUUCUUCAAAACGGCAACGAUGUUACUGGUAAACAUAACUGGCCAACGCAGUUCACUUCAUCGGUGGAGGCUCGCCAUUGCAAACCACGGGGGCGCCCAACUGAUGGAUCGACUGGUUGACAUGCCCCCACACCUCCUCGACGACUGCUGCUUUGACCUUCGUCACGUCUUCGUUCGACAGCCCCGUCUAUCAACGUGCCAGGCGUUCUAUAGAUGCCUCGUGAUGAUCACGAAAUCCCGCUUGAGAUGACUCCUUCCAGGUCCUUUCAACGCAAGAAUCAUAUUGAUUACAAACGCCACAUUGUUCAACCUGGCUCAGCCUUGUCAGAAGUGCAGCGCUUGUGUUCAAGCGUCUUUGUGUUCGGCACGGAUGUUGUUUUGGGGUGUCUUAUUAUUGACUCUCGGCAAUCUUGCAAACAGCUCUGUACGGCGAGACUGAGGGCAAAGCUUUAUGAGUGAUUCAUGUGCGAGGCCUAACGGGGCCAAGCUUCCGGACGGGUCCAACUGCAACCAAGCGUUACAAACAGUCACACGUCAGUCCGUGGUCCGUGAUUCUUCUACACAACCAUCUGAUUGGUUGUACUUAAACCAAUGAAAAUGCACAAAUACAUGUUACUGGCUAACUCUCUUGACACUGUGUCUACUCUUGUCUCAGCCCUAGGUCCGCUACAUCAUCCUACUGCAGCAGCAACUAAGCUACUUGGUCGGUCGGUCCAGUCGUCUAGAC